UUUAUUAUCUAGACAUAUAAGCCACAAAUAUCCUAACUCAACAUCCAAGAAAAAGAAAAUAUGUUCUCUGUGUGUAAACAAUCUCAUCCAGCCACUACCGUUGAAUUUGCAAUAUCUUGUCGGUUUUUUAAUAACAGUGAAGAAAAUCUUGUUGUGGCGGGCGCCAAUGUUUUGAAAGUUUUUAGAAUUUAUCCUUACAUGGAUCAGGCGCAACGCCAACAGAAACUAAGUGCUGACAUACGUUCACCGCCUAAAAUGCGUUUAGAAUGCUUGGCCACAUAUUCUCUUUACGGCAAUGUGAUGUCAUUGCAAAGUGUUUCAUUAUGUGGUUCAAUGAGGGACGCUUUGCUUAUAAGUUUUAAGGAUGCCAAGUUAUCGGUGGUGCAACACGAUCCCGACACAUUUGCUUUGAAGACUUUGUCUCUGCAUUUUUUUGAAGAGGAGGAUAUAAGGGACGGCUGGACGGGACGCUAUUACGUUCCAAUGGUUCGUGUUGAUCCCGAUGCACGUUGCGCGGUGAUGGUUGUGUAUGGCAAACGUUUAGUUGUUUUACCUUUUCGAAAAGAUAAUGGACUCGACGAAAUUGAAUUGGCCGAUGUUAAACCGAUUAAGAAGGCUCCAACGGCAAUCGUAGCACGGACACCUAUUUUGGCAUCCUAUUUAAUAGCUCUGCAUGAUCUUGAUGAUAAAAUCGACAACGUUUUGGAUUUGCAAUUCCUGUAUGGUUAUUAUGAGCCAACACUGCUAAUACUUUAUGAACCAGUGCGCACUUUUCCGGGAAGGGUUGCAGUACGCACAGAUACUUGCGUUUUAGCGGCGAUAUCGCUGAAUAUUCAACAACGUGUUCAUCCUAUUAUUUGGACUGUAACAGGUCUGCCAUUCGACUGUCUACAGGUGUUUCCGAUACAGAAACCAAUUGGAGGUUGCUUAGUUACAACCGUCAAUUCCAUUAUAUAUCUUAAUCAAAGCGUGCCGCCAUAUGGUGUUUCGUUAAAUAGUUCAGCAGAUCACAGUACAAAUUUUCCACUAAAACCGCAAGAUGGUGUACGUAUCAGUUUAGAUGCUGCCAGUAUCUCAUUUAUUGAUGUUGACAAAUUGGUGGUUUCGCUACGCACUGGCGAGUUAUACGUGCUUACUCUCUGCGUGGAUUCGAUGCGAACUGUGCGUAAUUUUCAUUUUCAUAAAGCUGCCGCUAGUGUUAUAACAAGCUGUAUGUGCGUUUGUCAAAGCGAAUAUUUGUUUUUGGGGUCCCGUUUGGGCAACUCAUUGCUCUUGCAUUUUACGGAGGAAGAUCAAAGUACUGUUAUCACUUUAGAUGAAAUCGAGACUUCUGAGGCUCAAAAUUCCAACAGCGAUGAAGCUCCUAGAGCGAGACGUAUUGAAGACGAAGAACUUGAAGUUUACGGUUCCGGUGCUAAAACAUCAGUGCAGCUGCGCAAAUAUGUAUUUGAGGUAUGUGAUAGUCUACUUAAUGUUGGACCCAUCAAUUUCAUGUGCGCUGGUGAGCGUGUAGAAUUUGAGGAGGGCGGAAAUACCAUGCGUCCGCAUGCCAAUCAGUUAGUCGAUUUAAAAAUUGAUAUAGUUGCUUCUAGUGGCCAUGGUAAAAACGGUGCUCUUUGUGUUUUUGUGAAUUGCAUUAAUCCCCAAGUGAUAACAUCUUUUGAGCUUGAUGGCUGCUUAGAUGUUUGGACUGUGUUCGAUGACGUUAGCAAGAAGACUACUCGUCAGGAUCAUCAUGACUUUAUGAUACUGUCGCAACGUUCUUCAACUUUGGUGUUGCAAACUGGAGAGGAGAUAAACGAAAUAGAAAAUACCGGAUUUAGCUGCCUACAACCUACUAUUUUCGUCGGUAAUUUGGGACAAAAUCGUUUCAUUGUCCAAGUAACCACGCGUUCUGUGCGUUUAUUGCAGGGCAGAAGGCUGAUACAGAAUGUGCCUAUCGACGAAGGAGGGCCCGUAGUGCAGGUUUCCAUUAUCGAUCCCUAUGUGUGUCUAAGAGUUUUGCAUGGAAAAGUAAUAACUUUAGCUUUGCGUGAAACCAGAGGUACCCCUCGCCUGGCUAUUAAUAAAAAUACAAUAAGCAGUUCUCCAGCGGUUGUUUCACUGACUGCGUAUAAGGAUCUGUCCGGCUUGUUUACAACAAAAUCCGAUGAAGUUUUGAAUAUUGCGGGCGGUAGUGGUAAUUCUCUGUAUAACGGAUUGGGCUACAUGAAAGCUGAACCUCACCUGAAAAUAGAAGACGAGGAAGAUUUACUUUACGGUGAAUCAGGAAACGCAUUCAAAAUGAACAGCAUGGCCGAUUUAGCGAAGCAAAGUAGACAAAAAAAUUCUGAUUGGUGGCGUCGUUCAUUAGUGCAAAUAAAGCCCACUUAUUGGUUGGUGGUAGCUAGAGAAAACGGGACAUUGGAAAUUUAUUCAAUGCCAGAUAUGAAACUCAUGUAUCUAGUAAACGACGUAGGUAAUGGCGGCAUUGUUCUUUCCGAUUCGAUGGAAUUUGUACCUGCCACACUCAAUCAACAAGACAAUAAACAAGGUAUACUUCUAAAUUGUAUGCCCCAGCAUGCAAAUUCACCUGUUGCUCGAGAUAUAGCUUUAGUUGGCCUAGGCAACAACGGCAGCCGUCCACUAUUGAUGAUACGAACUCAUAUAGAGCUGUUGAUAUAUUACGUCUAUCGCUAUGCAAAGGGCCAUUUGAAAAUACGUUUUCGCAAAUUACAUAGUGUGAACUUGAUCGAUGUGCAACCCACCGCAAUGGAUCUAGAUGACGAAGACUCGGAUCUAGAUUCAUACAAUUUGCAAGAUCGUUAUAUAAGCAAGCUACGCUAUUUUCCCAAUAUCACAGGGUUAAACGGUGUCGUUUUAUGUGGUCCGAAUCCAAGCCUUAUAUUUCUGACUGGUAAAGGCGAGCUACGUGUUCAUAAAUUAUUUAGUAAUGGACUGGUAAGGAGUUUUGCCCCUUUCAACAAUGUUAAUUGCCCGCAAGGCUUUCUAUGUUUCGAUACAACAUUCGAUUUGAAAAUUUGUGUUCUACCGCCUUAUUUAACAUACGAUUCACCAUGGCCGGUGCGUAAAGUAACACUUCGUUGUACGCCACGGCAGAUUGUCUACCAUCGAGAGAAUCGAGUUUACUGCCUGGUCACGCAAGCAGAAGAAGUAACUAACAAAUAUUAUCGCUUUAACGGUGAAGAUAAAGAAUUGACCGAGGAAAAUAAGGGCGAACGAUUUAUAUAUCCCAAUGCUUCACUCUUCAGUAUGGUUUUGAUAAGUCCAGAAACUUGGGAAAUUGUACCUGAUGCUUCGAUUGAAUUUGAGAGUUGGGAACAUGUAACCGAUUUCAAGAUUGUUAAAUUGGCCUACGAAGGCACGCGAUCUGGUCUCAAGGAAUAUUUAUGCUUAGGCACAAAUUUUAACUACAGUGAGGACAUAACUUCUCGCGGCAACAUACACAUAUAUGAUAUAAUUGAAGUUGUACCAGAGCCAGGAAAACCGUUAACUAAAUUCAAAUUAAAAGAAGUGUUUAAGAAAGAGCAAAAAGGUCCUGUAUCAGCUAUAUCCGAUGUUUUAGGCUUUCUAGUUACUGCUCUAGGGCAAAAAAUCUACCUAUGGCAAUUGAAGGACGAUGACCUUUGCGGCGUAGCGUUUAUUGAUACCAACAUAUAUGUGCAUCAAAUUAUCUCUGUUAAAUCUUUAAUAUUGAUUGCUGAUGUGUACAAAUCGGUUAGUUUGCUGCGCUUCCAAGAAGAGUUUCGAACUUUAUCGCUGGCUUCACGUGACUUCAAUCCUCUUGAAGUGUUCACUAUAGAAUUUAUGGUCGACAAUACAAAUUUGGGUUUUUUAGUUACCGACGCUGAUAAAAAUUUUAUAGUGUAUAUGUACCAGCCAGAAAUUCGGGAAUCAAUAGGUGGUCAAAAACUGAUACGCAAAGGAGACUAUCAUUUGGGUCAAACCGUUAACACUAUGUUUCGCGUUCAAUGUCAUCAACGUGGACUAUACCAUCGUCAACCUUUCAUGUACGAGAACAAGCAUUUGGUAAUGUUCGGAACAUUAGAUGGCGGCAUGGGAUAUUGUGUACCUCUGCCGGAAAAGGUGUACAGACGUUUUUUAAUGCUACAAAAUGUCCUGAUCACCUAUCAGGAACAUUUGUGUGGUCUCAACCCGAAAGAAUUUCGCACCAUUAAAUAUGUUAAGCGGUUAUCAUUGAAUCCGUCACGCUGUAUUAUAGACGGCGAUUUGAUUUGGUCAUUUACAAUGAUGACUGUGGCAGAACGAAAUGAAGUGGCAAAAAAAAUUGGUACCAAAACUGAAGAUAUUCUGAACGACCUUUUGGAAAUUGAGAAUCUGACGGCGAUAUUCUGAAUAAAUAGGAAUUGAAUUAAAAACUGAUUUUUAUUGAAGUAAGACAUGUAUAAUCCCGCGCU